AUUCCCAACCCUCAAAUCUCACCCAACUUUGCUUGUCCCAAUCCAUACAAAAAGCCAUUGAUCACUCGUGACUUUCACUAAAAACCAGAAAACCCAGCUACAUCACUGUUGAAUUGGAGCAGCCUAUUCACAGAUUCUGUUCCCAUCUGUUUCUGUCAUCCAAACAUGGUCUUCUUCUUCCCUUACACUUGGCGUCUGCUGGCACUACUAGUGGUGGUCUGUGUUGGCGCCAUGGCAGACUCAUCGAAGGAGAAAGAGGAAUGCACAGAGCAGCUAGCAGGGCUAGCGACUUGUCUUCCAUAUGUGGGAGGCCAGGCAAAGUCUCCCACGCCAGAUUGUUGCAGUGGGUUGAAGCAGCUUCUGAAGAACAACAAGAAGUGUCUCUGUGUCAUCAUUAAGGAUCGUAAUGACCCUGACAUUGGAAGCCUGCAGAUCAAUAUCACUCUCGCUAUGACCCUCCCUAACGUCUGUAAUGCCCCUUCUAAUGUCUCCAAAUGUCCUGAGCUGCUGCACAUGGAUCCCAAGUCACCAGAAGCUCAGAUUUUCUAUCAGUUGGAUAAAGGCUCAAGUAAAAGCGGCGCAAGUCCUGGUCCUGCCCCUGCUCCUACUGCCGCAGCAAGUGGAGGGAGUGGAAGCAGCCAAGCAGCGAGUGCGCAACAGAAGAAUGAAGCUUUCUUGAACAGGAGGAGUCUAUUUGGGCUGGAUGCUUUGGUAAUUGGGCUUCACGUAUGGGCUUUCAUGGGCUUCACUUGAAUAUAGAUCACUUAGCUAUUGUCUCAUUGUUUUUCCUUUCUAGGCUUGAACGUUUCUCAUUCUGCUCUAUUGUCUGCAUGCGUGUCAUUGUUGUAAUAAAAGAGCAAUUAUGGGGAGGAAAAGUACUAGAAAUCAUAAGUUGUGGGGUGGCGGGUUUUGGAAUGAUGUCAUUGGGAAUAAAAAUGGAGUGAAAUCAAGAUAAGAACUUAUCCUUUUUUUGUGGUAAGAGUUGGAUUCUUGAUUCCUCCUA